CACACACACGCGGCACAAGCGCGCGCUGUUUACUUGGCUCAGAUCUGCACCACACAGACUCACAGGAGCGCGCGGGACUUAGCUCUCUUUGUAUGUGUGUGUGUGUGUGUGUGUGUGUGUUUUGUGCCAAACGCACGCCGGCGCGCGCACUUCACCGUCCAGACGUCGUCGGUGUCGUUUCAGGAUUUCUGCACGAGAGCUCGAGAAGUCGCUCCGAAACGGGUCGUUGUGUCAAUUUUUUUUUUUCUAAGGAGCAUGAUCACAUGAAACGGAGAAAUGUCCGUUAAGCACUAGCUGGAGUGCCGGUAUGUGAAACACACACACACACACACACACACACACGAACUCGUGGCUCUGUUGACUGCACUCGGUCUUCACCGAGAAGACUCCUGGGUAAACCGGAAUAGCCGUGCACGAGACGCAGCAGUGAUGGUCGCGCGCCGGCGAUGCCGCGGAGGAGAAGUUGUGCACGAAGUGCGCGCGGACUGAGGAGUGCACAUGGAAGUCGCCAUGUUGUCGUGCAACACCACCGCGAUCAAAGACUGGAGCUUCUUCCUGUCUCACAUCCUGCCGCUCGUCAACCGCUCGGCCGGGCUCGUGCACCGCGGCGUGGAGGAGGCGGAGGCGGUCACGGUGGCCGUGGUGACCGUAGCGCUCGAGCCCGCCAGCCGCGCGCCCCCGGACUCCAACCACACCGAGCACGUGUACCAGUACUCGUACUCGGAGGGUGAUGUGCUCGUGCACGGUGGUCGCGAGCCGCCCGACCGGGAGCCCAUUCCGCUGCCCAAAGCCGUGCUGUACCUGCUGAUGGCGGCGCUCGUGGUGGUGCUGGUGGCCUACGCCAUAGUGGGACAUCUGGUCAAAGACCUGCUGCACGAGUUUGUGGAGUGGGUGUUUGGACCUCGCUCGGCGAACCGCAGAAGCAAAAGCGACGUGAGCUGCAUCACGGCCGGCGGCAGCGAGAUGAGCGAACUCCCACGUCUUCUGGAAACAAACUACGUUACCCAUAAUCACUCUGGCUGCUCGGGCGGCGUGAAGCCUGAAGAGCUGGUGGUGAACAUCGAUGAACCUUUACACCUCCCUCUCCCGCCGCCGCACACUGGGACCUAGCUGCGUCAGCGUUUUGAGUUUCCGCCAUUUUGAUUUGAUCCCUCGUGAUAAAGACGGAGAGGGGGGGUGAGGAAAGGAAAUUUGCUGGGAGGAAAUAGAGUGUGACGUUACGGGAAUCAGCGCUACACACUCGCUACACACUUCAGCUGUGGAAUUGGAGUAUAAGAACUGCUUAGACGGGAACAAUAAAUCCUGAUUCUGUGAGAACAUAGAUUUUCAGGAAGGUGUGUGUGUGUGUGUGUGUGUGUGUGUGUGUGCGUGUACCAGGCCGUUGUGAUAGUCAACGGAUUUUAAAGACGGAUUUAAAGACAUUUCAGUUUUCCCAUUGAGUCUCUGUCUUUUAUAACAAGUUUGUUCAUUUUAACACACACACACACACACACACACACACACACACACACACACACACACACACACACUGUGACUUGCUGUGAUCCUUUCUUUUAUGGUGAUUUUUGAUCUUUCCACCAUGUUUUCCAACUUACACUGCACUCUAGAACCCAGAAGUGCACACACACUCAUAUGAUUUGAGUAUCAGUGUCUCAUUUUAAUAUAAAUAAAAUAUACAAAUAUAAUAAUAUAAAAUAUACAAAUAUACAAAAUAUAUAUAAAUGCACAGUAACACACUAAUACAUUUUCUUACCACAGGACUCACUGGUGGUUCUCAUAAAUCAUUGUGAGUUAUAAAUCAUUCUUUUCAUAUUUUUUUUCAUAUAUUUUCAAAUCCAAUCUAAAAAAAAUGAUUAAAAAAAAGAUUUAAAAAGUUUUAAAAAAAAUCACCAGACAGAAAGAACGUUACUGAUAACCAAACAUUCACUAUCAUCAGUGAAAUAAUAAAGCAAAAAACAUUAGAUAUAUAAAUAUAUAAAUAAAUAAUAAUAUAUAAAUAUUACACGUUUUGACUUCUGCUAGUCGUGAUAAUGUUGAGUGAUUUUUAUUUUUUUGUCUAUUUACUCUCUUUAAUAAGGGCUAUGUUUCUCAGCUGUGUGUGUGAGUGUGUGUGUGUGUGUGUGUGUAGUAAUGAAAGUUCCAGUUUUGAGAUUUUAAAGUUUAAAAGUGUCUGAAUAAACACUAAUCAAGUCACGAACAAGGGUCUGGUUUUUAAUUAAGGUAAGUGGCACCUCAGGACGCGAGCGAAACUCUGACUGUCGGGAAAAAAGUAAAAUGACGCCGCGUCCUAAUCAAGCCGUUUUCUUCAAUCAUGUAUUUUUCCACUUUACAUUUUCCUGAACUUUCUCCACUUCUUUCCUGUAAGAGAAUUAAAUUAAGCGUUUUAUUAUGCUCAGGAAAUGAGCAACAUGAGUCUCAGCGGGAAUUUAAUUACAAAACCUACAAAAUGUUCUCUUUCACCUCAGAUGUAUUUGAUUAGCCGAGACAUUUAUGAUCUGAAUUUUGCUUCUUUACUUCGCCGACUGCCAAAGCAGUGCACUUUAUAGCGAAGAGGGUGUGGUUUUAGACACGGGUUAAACACCACGCCAUGUGCGAGAGUGUUUCUGUUUCACUUCUUCGCCUUGGAUUUAACAGGAAAUUUAAUCAUAUUUCAUUUUCACUUCGUGUAUUUAAACGUCUUGUAGCACAGAGGUAAAUCUGUAAUAUACAACUGAAGCUGAAACACAAGACGGGGACAGAAAAGUAAAAUUAGGAAGUAGAACAUUAACUAGUCUCCUGAGUAACUAAUUAAAAAAGGUUCAGGGUAAUUAUAAGGCUGUAGAUGUUUAAUUUACUGUCUUUUAAGAUUUAACAGACUUUCAUGAACAGUAUACUUCAUACUACAUUUCAUACAGAUGAACAGAGUGCUAUGUGGAGGUUGAGUGGAAGAAUCUGAAAUUUAAAAAUGUACAAUUCAAAAUAAGGUUUUUUUGGUGAUGUGUGGAAUAAACUACAGAUCACGUUUACUGGCAGCGUUGCCAGGGUGGUGAUUUUUACACCAUACUGAGCUGUUUUUGGGUAGUUUUGGCCACUAAGAUCAUGUUUUAGAGCAAAUAAUCAGAAUGAAAUCUAAUCGAUUUUCAAAAUCUAAGGCUGUGACAAACAAAGGGAAAGCGUCAGUGCAGAAAGUGUAUCUACAGUGUGCACAGUGCAAGGCUGAGAAAGAGAAAAUAGGAUUAUGGUGUGGAUAAUAGCUGCAUCAGGCAACGAUAAAAAGGCGUACUGGAGAUAUUGUAAAUCAGAAAUGCGUGAACUUCUUUUCACCCUGACUAAAAAAAACUAAUAAAACCUGUUUCCCUUUUUCACUGCUUGAAUCUUUUGGGCUCAUUUCAGGUCAUUUUGGUGAGUUAUUGAGAUGUAGUUGGGAUGGGAAUUUUGCUGAAACCUGGCAACCCUGUCGAUAAAGCUGUAAUCCACACAUCACUCCGCUGAUCCAUCAUUCUUACAUUCUCCUGUAAUAGACUACACUUUUCUACACUUUUCCAUUAUUUCUCUUUUCUCCUUUCCUUCUCCAUCUGUUCAACAAUAAACCUCAGCUGAUUUGACAAACAUCUUUAAUUUCCCCCAGCUCUCUGUUUGGGAUUGAUUUUUCACUAAAGCAU